AUGGGAAAUAAUAAUACAUCGUCAAGUACAGUUAAUGCAAACAAUAACACCAUCUCCGUAGGGUCAUCAAACUAUCAAAAUUAUAAUGUACAAAGUAAAUUUCAUCCACAGCAACAAUUGCAAUUAUAUUGCGAAUUUAUUCCUGGAGAUGAAGUGAGAGUAAAAAGACCUUUAAUCUCCAACAAUAACAUCAAUUUACCAAUCUCUAACCCCACUUUAAACCCACAACAAGCUACAAAUAUUUAUCCAAGUUUUGAAUCUUACGAUUCCGUACUACCAACCCCAUCUCAAACAUACAUCAACAGUAAUACGAUCCAAACAUCUAAAAAGAACCCACAACUCAAGAUUGGAACAACAAAAACAAGAAUAGUGGAUGAUUUUGUGAUGGUUGAUCCAGGAAGUCCUGCUCUUAACCCACCAACAACUACUUCAAUCAAUAAUAAUGUCACACUAUCUGAUCCAUCGAAUAUUAGAUAUGAUAUUAGCUUUCAACCUUCUUCCUAUCAAACACCUCAGAGUGUACAUCAUGAGAGUUUUUAUUCUUCUUCAAAUUCUUUCAACAAUUCAAACCCGAAUCAAAAUUCAGGAUAUUACGGACAGCCUGGAGGUACUCCAAUCACUGGCAAAGAACAUCCACAAUAUGUUAUGCCACCUCCUCCAACUGGUGAUAUUUACCAAUUUCCACAGAAUCAAACUUUUAGUCAAAUGUCAUACUUUUAUCCUCAACUAUUUAGUGCUGAAUUUUACAGCUCUAACCACAUAGUUAAAACUGUAAAUGUAAAAACAGUUCCCACAGCAACUUUUGGACAAUACACUUCUGUUGUGGAAAUUACUCUUGAAGAUGAUCCUUAUAAGCUAAUUUUCUAUUCCAACGAGUUAGAACAAAUAUUUAAUGAAAAACAUCAUCAAAGAAGAGUUGAGUAUAGGAUCAUAGAGAGAUAUGUUCAAAUGUGUAGACAAACUCAAACCUAUUUAUCUACAUCUAAUUGUACAAUACCCAUUAUUGAUCCUAUCCCAACAGUUUUGGACCUAUACACCGAGCAUAUAAAGAAAGGUACAGCUGUUGUAAGAUUGGAUCUUGUAGGAAUAGGACUUGGUGAUGAGGAUGCCAAGGCAGUGGCUUGGACCCUACUUCCACCUUGGUCUAUUGGUUCCUCUGUAAGAAGAUUGAAUUUAAGCGGAAAUAAGCUGACAUCUAAAGGAGCUCAAUACGUUUCAAACGCCUUCAUGUCCCCUUCUACCCAAUAUUUGAAAAAUUUUAAUAAUACUGGUUCAUUUUCUGUAAAGGAGCUAGAUUUGAGUUUUAAUAGAGAAAUAGGUUUAGCUGGAGCUCAACAUUUAGCAAACAUGUUAUCAAAAAAUACUUCAUUGACAUAUGUAAAUUUCGCUCAGACUGGUAUAACUGCUGUAGGAUGUGAUUUGAUAAUAUCAGCACUUAUUCAAAACACAAACUCUUCUGUAAUUAAGUUGGAUUUAAGACACGACCUAAUUGGAGAGGAUCAGAUAGCAAAAUUGUGUACCUUAGUAGAAAAAAGAAAUUGUUUGUGUUUUCUUGAAAUUUAUCCUUAUAAGGAGAUUUCAAUGAAUGAUUCUUUAGAAGAUGAUAAUGAUGGAUGGUUAUCAUACGAUGGAUGGGUAAAACACUCACUAUUAAGAGAAUUACUGGAAAAAAAUAUGGACUAUAUGAAGAACCAUCCUAAAAAACUUCAAAAGAAAGCAUCAUUAAGUAUCAACAAAACACCAACUGCUUCGCCUUCUACAACAGAUACUAAUGUUGAAAUAUUAAGCUCAUUUAUUAAUUCAAUGUUUUCCACUACCACUAAGGUAAACGAGGAACCAAGUGUAACUAAUAAGGAGAUUGAUGACACAGAGUUAUCAUUCGAUAAUGAUAUUUUUAGUUUGAGCGUUUCUGAUCCGCUGAAAAAUGAUAGAGUUGUAAAUUAUUUAAAAUUGGCUGGAGACGAACAUAAUCACAUGCCAAUGGAUGAUGGUUCUAGUGUCAUUACCUGUUCCAUUUGUUAUGAGGAUAAUAGACCAACAGAUGGUACUGUUUUCUUCAUGGAGGAUUGUGAACAUAGAUUCUGUUGUACGUGCAUUUAUGACUAUGUUAAAGAUAAGAUUCAAAAAGGAGAGGUGGAUAGUAUUAAAUGUCCAGAAUGUGAUAGACAAUUAACGGUAGUUGAAGUCAAACAGAUUUUGAGCCAAGGUAGAGUUAACAAGAUAUCCCAAUCACAUUACUCACAAGCAGAAGAUGAAAAUUUGUUCAGCAAAUUUGAAGAAUUUUCUCUAAAGAGAGCUUUAGGAGGUAUGAAAGAUUUAGUGUGGUGUCCAAAUCCAAAAUGUGGAAAUGCCAUUAUAGUAGAGAGUCCAAAUAUUAACUCUGACCUUCCCACAUCACCUCUUCCUCUAUCUCCUUCAACUCUCUUUCCGAAAGAAAAUGCCAGCUAUCAAAGUGCAUUGCUCUCAUUGUUCUUGGGAUUCAUGCUCUAA